UCAGAUAUUGAGGGUGGCUGGUUUCAGGCUCCCAAGGGCAGGGCUCCCUUGAGUGGCCUUUUCCGUCGUAGGGAAGUGAAUCCACGGGGCGAAUUUUCUGCCUUCGCUGGAGAUGGGUCCCCUGGGAAGGAAGGCUGGGCUGCCCCCACUCCCUCUCCCCGAUCAGCGGCCGGGCUUCGGUCUGGGAAUACAGGAAGGCAGCUGAGACUAACCCCUGGCUCUUUCUUUCUUUCCAUCAAGGAUGAACCUGUCUCAAGGAAAGGCCGUUCUCUUAUGGAUGUUCUUGCUCGCUCUUUUCUCGCUGGCCUUUUUCACCUACCUGGACAGAUCCAGAAGCUGGAAGAAACCUGGAGAAACCCAGACCAGGCAACCCCCGCGGCAGAGACCGGGCACAGGAGAUGCCAAUUCAACCAAGGAACCGAGAGGGAUUCCGCUGAGCAGCUGGUUUCACCCAAGCGCACGGACAGAGGUGCCCACGUUGAGCCCGUGGUCAGCCCCCAUCGUGUGGGACGGGACAUUCGAAAGCGCCACCCUCCAUUAUCACUACAGGCAGCAGAAGGUCACCGUGGGACUGAGCGUUUUCGCCAUUGGGAAGUACUUGGACAAAUACUUGAAGGACUUCUUGGUUUCCGCCAACUCCUUCUUCAUGGCGGGCCAGAAGGUCAUCUUCUACAUCGUUGUUGAUGACCUCUCCAAGGUGCCUGAGGUCAGGCUGGCCCCCCAGCGGACGCUGAAGCUCUUCCGGGUGGAGCAGCACGACCGCUGGCAGGACAUCAGCAUGAUGAGGAUGAGGACCAUCGCGGAGCUGAUCGAAGAGACCAUCCGCUUCGAGGUGGACUUCCUCUUCUGCAUGGACGUCGACCAGACCUUCCAGAGCCACUACGGGGUGGAGGCCCUGGGCACGUCCGUGGCCCAGAUCCACGCCUGGUUUUACCACAGGGGCCGGAGCCAUUUCACCUACGAGAGGCGCCCCGAGUCGGCCGCUUACAUCUCCUACGACGAGGGGGACUACUACUACCACGGAGCGGUCUUUGGGGGCACGCCGCUGCAGGUGCUGAACCUCACCCGCCAAUGCUACCAGGGCAUUCUGCAGGACAAGGAGAGGAAGGUGGAGGCCAUCUGGCACGACGAGAGCCACCUCAACAGGUACUUCCUGCUCAACAAGCCCACCAAGCUGCUCUCCCCGGAGUACUGCUGGGACUACAAGAUCGGCAGGGACCAGAACAUCCAUAACAUCAAGCUGUCCUGGAAGCCUAAAGAAUACCACCAGGUCAGAGGCAACUCUUGACCUGCCCCAAGGCCUUGCGCGGACCAGAGCUGGCUUGCAGCCAUGGACACAUGGGCCUCACUCCCUCACCCCCCGCAGAAGGGCACAGCUGGGGGCACAGCUGGCAACAGAAGCGUCCAGCUGCCUUCAGCCACCUCCUACGGCCCCCUUCGUUUCCCUCGACACCGGGCCUCUGUGAGUCCCUCUCUGUUCUCCCACGUUAUGUAGGACAACCUGUGGUGGGGCUCCCUUCCUCUUGCUCUGAGAGAGAACCGGAGCUGGGCCUCAUCGAGACUUCAACCUCCCUCUGCCUUUCAGCCCCAGAACAAGGGAAUGUAGACCAAACACCUCGGGCCUCCCCCGUCCUUCCUUUUAGAUUUUGCACCGGUUCUCCAACUUUGGGGGGCAUGGAACUUUUCGGCUCCCCCCUCAAGUGGCCGGGUUUGCGAGACUGCCCUUCUCUCUUGGCAAGGCUCCUGUUGGGCACGCAGAGACCGUCCCUGGUGAGCCCAAGAUAGGGCACCAGGGCAGGGCAGGAUUUCACCCCACACAGGAAGGGAAGUCAGGGAUGGGAAGCAAGAGGACACCCCCUCCCACACACAGGAAUCCAGGAGGUGGCCAAUGUUGACAAGCAGGAAGCCCCCAGGCCCUCUUUUCAGAUUCUCCAGAUCUCCUGGGGGAAUCUCCUCCGAUGGGCUUCAGGGAGCCACGCUAAGCCGAUGGGUCAGGAUCUCCUGGCUUUAUCCUCCCCAAAGCUUCGUUUUCCAAAAUGGGGAUUCCCCCCACCCCACCUGUGGACAAAUAUGCAGGUAGAAACACACCAGGUGGGUAUUUAUCCUUCCAACUCACCCAAGUUGGCGGAACAAAAGCUCUGCUUUUUGUUCCUGUGCCGCUCCAGAGGACGGAGGGGGUGUUUUGUCCCGCUGGCACCUGCCAAGGUGCCCGACUCCCCUUUUGUUUGUUGAAACACCUGCCUGCCGGCUCCCUUUCCGAGCUCAUUUGCACACGCCGUGUCCUGCUGUGCCUCGCCUGCGUUGAUGGGCUCUAAAAUUAGAUGUCGGCCCUUCCGUCCGUCCUUUCCCUUUUAUAGCUUAAAGACGGGCUUCUCCUCGCCCCUGUGGGCACAAAGAUUCGGCCUGGCCUGCAUGGGGACGCUGUGUGAGCUAAAGAGGGAACUCAAGUCCUGGGGCUGCCCCACAG